AUGAUUUUCUCCAGCCUGGCAUUCUCAAUGUUAGGUUGCAGGCUUCAAUUAGACGAAGUUCUUCAUAUCUGCUUGGAUACUUCUUCAAAAACAGCAAGUUAUAUUUGGUUGAUGAAAGCUCCGAAUGUGAUAACCACCCUGAUUGUUUUGCUCAGUGAUUCAGAUUCAGCUACAGUUGCGGUUGCUUGGGAAGCUUUGUCUAGAGUUGUCGGCUCAGUUCCUAAGGAAGUCCUUCCUUCAUAUAUAAAGUUAGUUCGUGAUGCAGUUUCUACAUCCAGAGAUAAAGAGCGUAGGAAAAGGAAGGGAGGGCCAGUUCUUAUACCUGGAUUAUGUCUCCCUAAAGCUCUUCAACCAUUGCUUCCUAUCUUUCUCCAGGUAUGCCUGUUCAUCUCAUUCGUUCGAGCUCUUAUAUAA